AUGCUAUCGUCCCUUGCACUAUCUUCAUCAUUGUUAGCGGCAUGUCUAACAUCAUUUGUUGUGGCCCAAGACUUGCCAGACUUCUCGAGCUAUCAGUAUCCGGGAGCACCACGAGUGAGGUCCUUCCAGCCACAAUAUGACUUCUGCAUCGUCGGCGGAGGUACUGCUGGACUGGUGCUCGCCAACCGAUUGAGCGAAAGUGGUCGACAUCAGGUCGUGGUCUUCGAAGCUGGUGGUCCCCCCACAGAUGUCGGCACGUAUCGCACUCCAGGUGGCAACCAAUAUGUCCUCAAUGGCCCGUGGAGCGUCAUCGAUUACAACUUCCAGACCGUUAGCCAAUUCAACAUGAACAACCGGACAUUCUCAUACCAUCGCGGCCGCACGCUUGGUGGGAGUUCAUCUACUAACGGGUUAUACUACGGCAUGGGCAGCUCAACUGUUUACGACUACUGGGAGCAAGUUGAAGGUAACGCUGGCUGGAACUGGGACGCGAUCAAAAGAUCGGCCAAAAAGGCCACCACCUUUGUCGGCAACCCCAACCACACCAACGACAACACUUUCAUGACCCACGACCCCUCUGCCUACGGCAACGGCCCCCUCAAGAUCGGGUUCCAGGGCCGAGUCGUUCCCUCCGGCCCCAGUUUCAUGCGAGCCCUAGAAGCCCUUGAUAUCCACCCAGUCCGCGAUCAAAACAGCGGCAGUCCCAUUGGUAUCAAGCAAGGCACCAUGACCCUCGAUGAGAACUUCAUGCGCAGCUCUUCCUACGAUUCGUACUACAUGCAAGCCCGAAACCGCAGCAACCUGAACGUUCUAGACCGCGCCAUUGUAGCCAGAAUCAUCUUCGACGAGGAUACUCUGGGGACUGACCAGGUUCAGGCAGUGGGUGUGACGUUUGUGGAUAGUACGUCUGGUACAUUCCAUAACGUGAGUUGUUCGAAGGAGGUAGUUCUGGCUGCUGGUGCGUUUCACAGUCCGUUCAUCCUGAAGCAGAGUGGAAUUGGGCCGGCCGAGGAGUUGCAGGAGUUUGGCAUUGAGCCCGUGGUGGUCAACGAGAAUGUCGGCGAGCACAUGCAGGAUCACACAGCGUUUAGCGUCAUCCAUGCCGUGAAGCCAGAGUUCGCGAGAGAGGCAAGUACGACGGAUAUGGAGAACGACCUCAACGUCCUGAACAACGAGCAACGAGACUUCUACAAAGGUGGCGAGUCUCGUUGGAAUAGCAAAUGGUCCGCGCCGUCCGGCUGCACGAACGGAUUCCAGGAGAUCCCCAACGACGAAUUGGAGAGCUUCGGUGCUGAAGACAUCAUCACAGCGAACUUCACUCAUCAAGCGCACAACGAGAUUCUUUACGAAUCAGUCUGGUACCCCAAGUUCUUCAACAAAUACGGCGGACCCGAGAAGAAUACCUCUUACAUCUCCAUCACCAUCUCCAACCUUGCCGCGCUGUCCAAGGGAACAGUCAAGAUUGGGAGUAAUUCACCCACUAGUAACCCGGUCAUUGAUCCUAAUUACCUCGCGGAGCCCGCCGACCAAGCGAUGGCAAUCCAAGGCGUGAAGUACAUGCGCCAGGUUUUCCAACACCCGGAAAUGCAACGCUGGUCAGCCGGCGAGGUGGCUCCCGGCCCAGACGUCCAGAGCGACGAGGAUAUCCUAGAGUAUGCCCGGACGACCAUGGUGCCAAACUGGCAUGCUUCGAGUACGUGCAGAAUGCUGCCGAAGGAGAGAGGUGGCGUGAUCGAUUCGCGUUUGAGAGUGUACGGUACCAAGGGCUUGAGAGUCUGUGACGUGAGUACGUUUGGAAGGCUGCCAGAUGUCAACUUGGUGGGCCCGGUUUACGCCCAUGCUGAGCUGGGAGCGAGCGUUAUCAGGGCUGAUUAUGGUGAGGGAGGAUACUGA